AUGUUCUUUGAUGGAGCUGUAAAUGAAAAAGGUGUCGGGAUCUGGGCAAUAUUGAUUUCACCCACUGGUGAGCAUUAUCCGGCCACAGCCUGGCUUUGUUUCUUCUGUAUGAACAACACUGCCGAGUAUGAAGCUUGCAUUAUGGGCAUGAACAUGGCAGUUGAUCUGGAUGUUGAGGAAUUGUUAAUCAUGGGAGAUUCUAAUUUAAUUAUCCGGCAAGCUCAAGACGAGUGGGAAACUCGAGAUAUCAAACUCAUCCCAUACAGACAACAUGUUGAAUAUCUCAGCAAAUGGUUCAAGUCCAUCGAAUUCAGGUAUAUUCCUCGAUUCCACAAUGGGUUAGCUGAUGCACUAGCUACUUUGGCCUCAAUGCUACCGUAUCCUGGCAAUGUCCAUAUUGACCCGCUGGAAAUCCAAAUUCGAGAAAGGCAUGGUUAUUGUAAUGCAAUUGAAAUAGAACCAGAUGUUCAUCCAUGGUAUCAUGAUAUCAAAAGAUUUUUGAAAACAAAGGAAUAUCCCGAGCAGGCCAGUGGAGAUCAAAAGAGAAAUAUCAGAAGGCUUGCAAGCAGUUUCUUUUUGAGCGGAGAGGUCUUGUACAAAAGCUCUAGAUUUGAAUCUUUUGAGGUUCCUAGCGAGAAUGGGAGCUUGCGUAUUGCUUGGCGUCGCCUGGGCAUUUUCUUGCUUGUGGUUGCGCUGCGUGUGAUCAAUAACAAGGAAGAGCAGGUGACAGAGCGUGCACCGCUAGGUCCAACACGAGAUGGGGCUGGAAAAAUACCUGGCGUCGCCUGGAUGUUGUUAUUUGGUAGAAUUAAUGCAUAA